UGAUUUCACAGUUACACCAAACAAACAUGGCCGCCUCCCCUCCUACAGACGUGGGAAGUAUGGAAGAAGAAAUCCGCUCGGGAAUGGAAACCGAGGAGAGUUCGGUCCCUGAAAAUGGAGACAAAAGCAAAGAGACAGAAGUGUCCGAAAAAACGGAGCCAGAGACCGAGGAUACUUUUAAGAAACCGGCCUUUUUCGCAGCUCCGUCCAACAAACGCAUCGCCCCAUCAGCCUCAGCCGAGCCAAGCAGGAGCGAAAAUAACAAAAAUGGUGCCGCGGACAGAACUGGUGAGACUGUUCAGGAUGAUAAACCCGUCGACAAAUGUCAAAGGCAGGACCAAAAUGUGGAAAAAGACAGAGGAGGAGAAGUCAAACCGAAGGUGCCUUCUGUCAAAGCUGGAAAGUUCCCCCCGAUCCCGUACACAGAGCCUCCCUGGGGGGGCCCUCCGCCAGACACCCCUUACAGUCUUGAAAUCCUCAAAAACGGUACAGUAGUGGACACUGUGCCCCUCACUAACAUAAGCUACAUUGUGGUUGGACGUUUGCCUGUGUGCAAUGUCUCCCUGGAGCACCCGUCCAUCUCCAGGUACCAUGCGGUGAUCCAGUACCGCGGACAGGCCGGGCAGGAGGGCUGUGUCGGAGAGGAGAAGGGCUUUUAUAUCCAUGACCUUGGCAGCACACACGGCACAGUGGUAAACAAGAACAAAAUCCCCCCAAAGACCUUCAUCAGACUGCAUGUGGGUCAUGUGUUGAAGUUUGGUGGGAGCACGAGGCUGUUUGUCCUUCAGGGUCCGAAGUUUGAUGAGGAAGAGGAGUCUGAACUGACAGUGACAGAACUGAGGGAGCAAGCUCGCAAACAGAGAGCAGAGCUGGAGAAGAGGAUGAUGGGAGACCUGUCUGAUGGAGAGGAGGACGAGGAGAAAGAGGGGAGCACAAAGAGCCAAAGGAAAGAUGACGACUCUGGCUGCUCGUGGGGAAUGGAUGAGGAGGCAGCUCCAGAGGAAGAUGAGAACGAAGAAAACCCAUUUUCAACAGAGUUCCAAGAAGACCAGGAAGCAGCGUACCUUAAAGACCCGAAGAAAGUGUUGCAGGGAUUUUAUGACAGAGAAGGAGAGGAACUGGAGUUUGAGUAUGAAGACAAAAACCAUGGCUCUUGGCUCUGCAGAAUAAAGUUGCCCGUGGACGAUGCAAAAGGUCGUCAGCUGAUUGCUGAGGUGACGCACACGGGAAAGAAGAAAGAAGCAGCCAUUCAGUGCUGCCUGGAGGCCUGCCGGAUGCUGGAGGCCAGAGGGCUGCUGCGACAGGAAGCAGUGUCCCGGAAGCGGAAGAAGAAGAACUGGGAGGAAGAGGACUACUACGACAGCGACGACGACACCUUCCUGGAUCGGACGGGCACCGUGGAGAGGAAGAGGCAGGAACGAAUGAAGAAGGCAGGAAAGAUCGACGAGCGACCUGAAACCUUUGAUUCUUUGGUGGCCAAACUGUCAGCAGUAGAGAAAGAGCUGGCAGACACCCAGAAAAAGCUCAGCUCCGAGAAUCAAGGAAGUUCGGCCUCCUCCGCCGAAGACUCUCUGGACGCCUUCAUGACAGCGGUGAAAAGCGAGGCAGCGAUGGAUGCCGUGGAGCGCCGGAAGCUCCACCUGCACGUGGCCGACUUGCGUAAAGAAGCUGAAAAGCUUCGUAAGCUGGUGGAGCUGACGCGGCCGGCACAGAUGCCUUCACUUCUUCCCAGUGGAAGUUCAGAGCCAGAGAAGCCCAAAAAGACUUUACCGCUGUUUGGAGCCAUGAAAGGAGGAAGCAAAUUCAAACUGAAAACUGGGACCAUCGGAAAGUUGCCUCCUAAGCGGCCCAACCUGCCUGCGGAGCUUUUCAACAUGAAAGAGCUUCCGCCUGGUGGGGAGGAGGAGGAGGAAGAGGAGGCGGCGGCAGAGAUAAAUAAAGAUGAUGGUGAUGAACAUGACGUCACUUUAUCUAUACCUGGCACAGAAGAUUUGAAUGCUUCCACAUCUGAAGAGAAAACUACUUUGAAAGACGAGUCUCUGGAGGUCAAAGAUCAAAUCCACAAGCUGAAGAAGAGUGACGAAGCAGAGCAGCUAGUUCCUCUCAGCAGCAGCAGCAAGAAGUCCUCAGCAGCCCCCCUAAAAUCAGAGUCGAAGGCAGAGGGUGAAACAGAGCCAGCAGCAGACCCUGGUCCCCGGAAAAAGAAAAGGGUGAUGGGCUGCAGCAGGCCUCCUGUGCAGCUGUCAGGACAGUAUCCUGAGGAUGACCCUGAUUAUUCAGUGUGGCUGCCGCCUGCAGGUCAGACUGGAGACGGUCGGACCCACCUCAACGACAAAUAUGGCUACUGACUGGGAACAUCGGAGACAAACUUCUCCAUUUUCAUUCCUCCCACACCGCCACAUCUUUCUAUUCAUUUCAUAUCUCAAACUGUGACAAACAGGAAGCCUAAUGUUUCAAUGCUGGGACUCGUCCUGCUCAUGCUCCUCACUCCGUGUAAUAAUGAAGACGCAGCCCUUUGUUUUUAACCUUUUAUUUGAAUUCAAGCAGAGAUGUGAGAGGAAAAAGCAGCAUUUUAGUUCUACUUCUCUUUGCUUAUAAACCAGCCUGGCAUUUAUUCUACAUCCCUCUCUUUGGCUUCACUUGAUUGCUGCCAUAACCUUUUACUUUUUUUCCCUUUCCUCUAAAGGAGGGAGUGUGUAGCAGGGAGGGAAAGCAUUGAAGCAGCUUUUCUGACCAUCUGGACAUUUGGAUGGCGUUCUGGAUGAAACGUAAGCUGAUAAUGACUCAAGCUAAGUGGAGUGUGUGUAUCUGCGAGAGUGCACGGACACACACACACACACACACUCUGCUCAAAGUACUCUUUUUAACAAGAUUGUCUUGGUGAACGCUCAGAGCAGGAUUCCUUUCUUUGUGAAAUCCCACUCAGUGAUUUUUUUAAACUUCUCCCACACUUCCCACCAGCUCUGCUCUUGUAUUUUCUCACAAAAAUAAAUGUAAACUGUAUUUUGUUACAUGUAAUAAAAUUGUCUGUACAUAGCUUGA